AUAAAUCAACAUUAUUAUUAUUAUUAAUUUGUGCAAUAAUAUAUUUUAAUUUUGGCUAUUCUAUUUCUAAUGGGGUUUUUAGAUUGUUUUUUUCUUCUUCUGAAAUUCUAUUUUAAUCAUUUGACUUGAUUUUUUUAAAAAAAAAUUGUUAGGCUGCAACUGUAGCAGCAUUUGCAAGAAUGAAAGUUGAAGAUUCAAGAAAAAUCCUUCCACCUGAAGUGUACCCUUCCUGGGUUGUUUUUUCACACAGGCAAAAACUAAAUUGGCUUAAUCACGUCCUAGAAAAACUAUGGCCAUAUGUUGAUCAGUGUAGGCUGCAUCAGAAGUAAUUAGGAACUCUGUUGAACCAAUUCUUGAGCAGUAUCGGCCAUCUAUCUUAGCUGCUAUGAAAUUUUCAAAAUUAACCUUAGGUACAGUUGCUCCACAGUUCACAGGUGUUACCAUUUUGGAAAGUGACCCUAAAGAAAUUGUUAUGGAGAUGGAGAUGCAAUGGGAUGGGAAUCCCAACAUUGUGCUUGACAUAAAGACUUUAGUUGGUGUUGCACUACCCAUACAAGUAAAAAACAUUGGAUUCACUGGUCUUUUUAGGAUAAUGUUCAAACCACUUGCUGAUGAUUUCCCUUGUUUUGGAGCUAUUUGUUUCUCCUUAAGGGAAAAGAGAAAUUUGGAUUUUACUUUGAAAGUCGUUGGUGGUGAUGUUGCAUCGCUUCCUGGAGUAUCUGAUGCCAUUGAGAGUACAAUACGGGAUGCCAUUGAAGACUCUAUCACUUGGCCCGUCCGUAUAAUCAUACCCAUAAUACCCGGAGAUUAUAGUGAUUUGGAGUUGAAGCCAGUUGGGAUGUUAGAAGUGAAGCUCAUCCAAGCAAAAGAUUUAACAAACAAAGAUAUCAUCGGAAAAUCCGAUCCAUUCGCGGAGGUGUUCAUUCGCCCAAUACGCGCUAAAAUGAAGAACAGCAAAGUCAUUAACAAUUCAUUGAAUCCAAUAUGGAAUGAGCAUUUUGAGUUUGAAGUUGAAGAUGUAUCAACUCAACACUUGACGGUAAAGGUUUACGAUGACGAAGGGGUUCAAUCCUCUGAGCUUAUUGGUUGUGCUCAAUUCGCACUGAAAGACCUUGAGCCUGGGAAAGUGAAAGUUGUUUGGUUGAAACUGGUGAAGGAUUUGGAAUUGCAAAGGGACACGAAGAACCGAGGCCAGGUUCACUUGGAGCUGCUAUAUUGUCCAUAUGGAACAGAGAGCAUAUUCAUGAACGCUUUCAACGCGGAUUUCAGGCUAACUUCUUUGGAGAAAGCCCUUCGGCCGGGUCCCGACCGGACAGAACAACAACAGCAACAACAACAACAACACACACAGACGAAAAAAAGUGACAUUUUCUUCAGAGGAGUGUUGACCGUGACGGUAAUAUCCGCGGAAGAGCUACCGGUCACCGAUUUGUCUGGAAAAUCCGACCCGUUUGUUGUCAUCACUAUGAAGAAAUCGGAGCAUAAGAGCAAAACUAGAGUUUUGAACAACACGUUGAAUCCGGUUUGGAACCAAACAUUUGACAUAAUCGUGGAAGAUGGAUUGCGGGAUUUGCUUAUAUUGGAAGUUUGGGAUCAUGACACCUUUGGAAAGGAUAAAAUUGGGCGAUGUAUAAUGACACUCACGAGGGUCAUAAUGGAAGGAGAAUAUACAGAUAGUUUCGAAGUGGAUGGGACCGAAACUGGGAAACUAAACCUACAUCUCAAAUGGACGCCACAACCAAUACUUCGUGACCUAUGAUUCAUCAUGACAUAUAUAAAUUUUCAUUCGAUUGAGGUAAGUUCUUAGGUGAACCAGAAGAUCAUCUAAACAUCUUAACAACUUCAUGAGCAUUUUUUUUAGUUGUAGCUCGAUCUGAGGGCGUCGAAGAUUUGCAAUUGUCCAGGGCGCCCAAAAAUUUGGGGUCCUAAGGGAAUGCAUGUGCAAUUCGUUAUCGAUUAUAGUUAUUUUGUUGAUGAAUAUGUGAGACAUAGAGAAUAUAUAUUCAAUAUUUGUUGGUCAUGCAAUCUAAUUGUAAAGAAAUGGUAUAUGUUUUU